ACUAGAUUUUUACCAUUAAACAUUUACUUCCACGUUUACGAGCUACCUAUUCUAUUUUAUUUUUAUUAAAAUUUUUAUUGGUGUUGAUCAUGAAUCGUAUACCACUGUUUUUCAACUAAAUUGAUCUUUUUAACUUGGGGCAUUAAAGGCAAAGUUUCGCCGUAGAAUAAUAAACUAGAAAACGAAACUACAUCAAAUUUGUAAUCGUUUUCGUUACGUUGGAAGUCGAGCGAACCGUUCGAUCGUCGUUAAUUAACUUACGAUACCUGGGUAUAGAUAAGACUGCUAAUGACGCAAAACAUCGCCGCGUUUUUACGACGUAUUGCUGGAACGGAACAAAGGAGGUCAGAAAAGUUAGCAGAAGGAGCGUGUGACAUGAAAAAGAAAAAAAAGAUGGGUCAUCGAUGUUCGCAGUAACAGUGAAAUUUUUGAAAUAGAAAUCUAAAAAAAGAAAAGGAAGGAGGAAGGGGCAUUACGACUGGUCCGAGUCUUUGAAGUCUUAAAACUGCAUCGAACAAACACGAGCUUAUUUUUAUGCAGCUUAAAACGCAACAUUUAAUUCGCCUCGCUUUGGUUCGCUCGGCUGGGAAUUGUGGGAACCGUGGUAAAAGUAAAAGUAAAGGAACAACGGAGCCGGGUGUUUCGCAACUCGGAAAUUCGUACGACGUUUGCUCUGAUGUAACCGGUGUUACAAAUCGUUGCUCGUUCAAUGGCCCAUGUUACGUAUUAUUCCACGAACAAAACAAACGUGUACACUCGUGACUGCGGCAAUGCAUUUUCUUGAAAUUUCCUUUGGCCCAGAGCCGCAGGAAGUCGAGGAUAACAAAAGGCAUCGAGGCAAGAAUCGUGUCGACGCUUCUUCCGGGUUUCUUGCAGUUGUUAUUAUAAUAAAAUCUUGUUCCUCGCGUUUCUUCGACGACGGCACGGUCUCUCACGGCCUGUAAUCAGUCGGCGGAUCUGCAACGAGCUAAUUAGGGAUGAACGAUGGAGGAGAAGCUGUUCUUUGACUCGUUUCUAAACCGUUUCGUACCGGAGAAGCCUGGUUUCGUUGGUAAACGAUAAUCGAUCGUGUCUCGUGCACGCUCGCACGUUUCUCCUCGCUAAUUUCUUUCCCUCGAGUUUCACUUAAUUAGCUUCAAUUGCUUCGAACGAGCUUCCUUGCUGUUAGCCGACUCGCUGACAAAGGUUUAUCGAAGAACGCAAGAAGGAUUUUCAUUUAAAGCUGUUUAAACAAGAGCGUAGAUUAUGUUGUGCCAAACUGUUCGAGAAAUUCUCGGAACCAGUCCCGAGAUCUAUUUAGCGUUUCCGGGACGCGGGUGAGUAGGGGAGGAUCAGCAAGCCAGAAUAAAUUUGCGUUGACGUUGGGUAAACGAACAGCGAUGAAGAUCUAUGGGCGAGGAAACUGUACCAAUGUCGACGGAAAUCGUUUCAAGGCGCGAAGAAGAACGAAAUUCGUCUGAAUCAUUCAACGCGCGUUUAAUGAUCGCAUGAUUCAACGUGGUGCAACGAUUGCGCUUCGUUCGCGAAAUUCGUCUCGACGACUUAACGUUUUCUAAUGCGACGUAACGAUUACAUCACGGUAAACACACGCGGUAGAUGCAUUACACGCGCUAAGUGUCGUGCGAAUGACUUCCGCGAUGCGUGUUGCGGCCUACCGCAAAGAAAAACACCUUCAACGCUAUCCAGAGGUGCUGUACCUACGCACUCGUCAACGGUGAAACUGCGUUUGCUCGUACCCUCUAUCGUUUCCGGGAUUACGAUAUUAUUUCUCCAAGUAACUUAGGAAAGCAGAAAAAUCUUCCUAUACUUAAACUGUAUUUCCAUUUCGCGGUCCCGUUAUUCGUUAUUCCGUGAGACACGAUCAACGUAAGCAUUGUGGCGGCUCGUAGUUAAAAUUAUUGGGGAUGCUGCUUCAGAAAAUUUUUAGCCUUUGUUUUAAAAAACUGGCACUGCGGGUGCGACAGUGCUUUCUCUGCCGCGCAGCCUAGUGCGCAGCUUCCAAUGUGCGCAGCUUCCAAUGUGCGCAGCUUCCAAUGUGCGCAUGCGCGCACAGUCAAGCACCAUGCUGCUAGAACUGUGAAGCGUACAAAGAUUUUUGUAUCUUUUUCAUAAACUGGGGGAUGGCUACUGACAUUAAGCUUAAGAAUUAUUAUAUUGUACAAGUAUAAAGAAAGAAUUAAAGAAAAAAGGACUGGUUAUAUUAAAUGUUGGGAAUAGGGGGUGCUGCAGUUCCACAGUGCCUAUACGCGAGCCACCACUGAUUGUGGACGAGGCCUAACGCGGUCAGAAGAAAGGCGAACGAGAACGCGAAGCAAUUACUUUGCUUCCCCUUCGUUUAAAUCGUUCAGGCAGUUUCGUUAUUACCUUUUUUGCGGGCGUUAAAGUCGGUCGUCUUGUCGGACUUGUAUAGUCAGACUAGAGUUUCCCAUGGUCACUGGACGACCGGCAAAACCGAUCGAUCGUCGAUCUAAUUCUAAUUCUUGUGGCAGAUUUCACGGUAGUCGAUGAAAUAUCAAAGGGAAAUUGUUCCUUCGAGAUGGCGAGCAUUUGGUUCGGUGGUUCAAGCUUAUAUUUCCCCGCGCCGAAGAGCAAAGAUCCUCUUACGAGCAUCAGUGGCGUCAGACUGAUGGAACAUGCCGAUCUACCGAUCCUCGAACAACUGAUGUGCUCGGAGACGUACAACCUCUUCAACGAGCCGAACCUUGGACAAAUCUAGUAGUACCCUUCGAUACCUUUCGAUUUUCUCAGAUAAGAUUCGAAGGAACGUUCCGAUUUACAGCGAGGCGAGUUGCUUGUCUGUCGUCCAGUACAAUGAGAAACGUGACUUAGUAUCAGGCAUAUGCCUUUGCAAUUAUCCUAACGUGCCGUCAGUGAUCCCGAAAGAUUGGCUAUGUUGGCUAAACACGUUGUACAGGUUGGAAAACGUGACGGAAAGGAACGCGAUGUUCGUGCACUUCCUUGCGUGGGACAAACGCUACAUCGGCCAUUUCUUCGAGGCCCUUCUGACCGGUGUGUUCGACAUCGCCUUCUAUCUACAGCACGUGAUCCUCGUGGUUCCUCCUCGGGUUAUCCUAGGUGACCCCUCGAAUCGAUCGUUCGGCCGAUGACGCGACGUUCACGGGUCACCGGUGUAAUUUUCUAGCGGACGUGUUCGAACGGCAGAUGAUCAGGAUCUCACCCAAGUGCUUGAAGGACACGUACACGGUGCAAUCUCUCUACGUGACCGUACGUCAUCUGAAAGAUGCUCAGCUAAGGAUUCGACGCGUCGUGGAGGAAGACAACGACGAAGUGAUACCGAUCAUCGAUGCCGACUCGAAGCUUCUGAAAGAAUGUUACGGCGAAUAUUACGUCAGCGAGAUGGUACGUCAUCCCAAUAAUCGACGUCGAUUGAUCGUCUCCGAGAACCACGAGGGCUUGGCCACUGGAGUGAUGUUUCUGAACAGCACCAUAAACGUCGAUCAUCUCGACGACCAUUUCGAGUUGAACCCUUACAACGGUCUCAGAAAGUUUCACGAAGACGAUCUGAUCCUGGCGGGCAACGUGGAACCGGCUAGUGAAAUUUUCUCCUUCCUAUUCUCGAGGAAAGCUAGCGAAGAUGCAGAAGAGUUGACGAGAAAACCGUCUUCGGACCGAGAGAGCUGUGAGAGCACCACCUCUUUGAGUUCCAGCGAUCGUCAGGUAUUGAAGCCACUGUUAACCAGAAAAUCCAUGGACUUUUCUGAACUCACCUUCAGUGACUUACCAUCGCUCACCGAUUAUUUCAACACCCAUUACUAUUCGAAAAUGUUGACCACCGCGUUCAUGGACGGGAUGUUUGAUGUUCCACGGAAAACCACUACUUCGUCGCUCGACGACGAUGAAAGCUUGAUGUCAAAGGACAUGAAGCUUCCUGUACGAGCAAUCUAUCAUGGCGAAGUGAACGCGUUCGUUUUGGAAAUUUUUGCGACGCAGGAACAUAUAAGCGAUCGUUGGUCGCAAAAUUUUCUCCAAGCUGCUUUCGAAUGUUUCCCUGAUCUCGACUACUGCACGAUCCUUCUACCGUUCUCGCAUCCUUAUCUACCGUUUCUCGAACACUUCGUGCGUGUCCCAUUGAGGUGUUACAAGGACUACCCGAUGACUCUGUUUUUGACUCAUCGCGCGGCUCUUCUUGGACAAAUAAAGUGUCGCGCGGCUGUACCUUCCGACAGGGACAAGCUGCAGAUUCUUUUGCAGAGGAUUUAUAAACCGGACAAAAUUUUGAUCGAUUUUGACGCGGCUACGAGCAAGGAACGAUCGGACUUAAGCUGUUACGUUUUUCUAUGGAACGAUACGGUUAUUGGUGCGACGAUCCUAUGUGCCGAGAAGGACACCGCGUAUAUCCGAAGACGUUUCCACGUGGAAGAUUACAUCGCGGUGCAGGACAUACCAUACGAUUCUUACGGUUGCAUCUUGCACUUUGUUCUGAUGCCAAUCUUCGCCAUUCAUCUACCGAGUUUCUUCCGCGAAAUCAUGCGUCUCACUGACACCAUCGUUUUCUACUAUCGGCUAACGGACAGCAUGUUAAGCGCGCUGACUCGUUCGCAACCGUUGGCCAUUUGUUUGAACGCCAUGGUCCCUGUGUGUCCUCGACGAAGGAUCGACUACAAAUUUCAUGGUUACGUGGAAAGGGACGAGCCGAAGACAGAAAUGGAACGAUUUUCGUUGUUCAUGACCACUCAGCGUCUUACUGGGAUCGUCAAUGCCAUCAUCGAUGCGAGGAUCGUCGUGGUGGGCGCAUCGGAUUGCGGCAUCGCGUUUCUGGAACAACUCGCCUUCGGGUAAAUCUGGAAG